GAAGUUUCAAUCAGCCAAUGAGUUGAUCCACCACAACACCUCUUUACGUAAAGGUAGGUUUUUGUGUUUUUUCAAUGCUCACACCGUGACAAGUGACUUGUUUCGCUUGCACUCAUCCGUUCUACUAUUGUCCUAAGCCCCGGCGAGCACAGUUUCAGUUCUUCCGGACUUUUUUUCACUGAGAAUCCACCUUUUCUCCCUUAGGAAAAUUUCUGUGAUGUCUUCAUCAACUCUAAUCUCUGAUUCUGACGCAUUGAAGGACUUAAAGGGCCAUGCGGAGGACAUCAGGAAGACGCAUUUACGUGAUUUGAUGGGCGACAAGGGGCGGUGCCAGUCAAUGAUUAUGAGCCUCUUUUGAUCAUAUUUAAUGGAUUCUUAUGCAAACGAAUACUGGGGUUUACUUUUUCUGUUUGUACAGGGAAUUUGAUGGCAUGCUGUUGGAUUACUCACGGCAGCGUGCCACUGUUGACACCAUGGAUAAACUCUAUAUGUUAGCCGAGGCAAAUUUGUUUCUGGGUUAAUUUUCUGGAAAAUGGAUAUUACAGGAAUUUACUUAUGCCGUGGCCUUUUCGACUUCAGGCAGCUCAUCUUAAAGAGAAGAUUAACCGCAUGUACAGUGGGGAACAUAUAAAUAGCAUGGAGAAUAGGUCAGUGCUUCAUGUAGCUCUUCGGGCUUCAAGGGAUGCUGUUAUCUGCAGUGAUGGGAAGAAUGUUGUGCCUGAUGUUUGGAAUGUUCUGGAUAAGAUCAGAGAUUUUUCUGAGAGAGUUUGCAGUGGUGCCUUGAUAAUGGAUUGUUGUUCUUUAUAUCAAACUGGAAUAUUUAAUGCCUGGGUUGCUGAGUGACUGGCAUACCUUGGCAGGUUGGAGCCACGGGAAAAGUACUGAAGGAUGUUGUUGCUAUUGGUCUUGGUGGCAGCUUCUUAGGUCCUCUCUUUGUGCACAAUGCACUUGAAACAGGUUAUGUUGAUACAUUCCAUUAUUAAAUGUAUAAUCCUACGCAGUCUUAUCAUUUUUGCUUGUUGUCUAUGAAGCAUGGAUAUAACAGAGAUGUAAUAUGGUUAUGAUAGUACAAAACGAGGACAUGUUAUUAAAUAAACAUAAAUAAAACCAAUAUUUUAUC